UUGCAGAAUGCUGUAAGGCAUAACCUAUCGUUGCAUAAAUGUUUUGCACGAGUUGAACAGAAUGUCAAAGGAGCUGUAUGGACGGUGGAUGAUUCAGAAUUUUAUCGGCGAAGGCCUCAACGUUCGCAUGCAGCCCGAGGUACACCGCCAACACCGAAAACUGAUAAUCCAUUAAGUUUAUUAUCCAAUGCAGCUACAGCCAGUUUGGUAACCGAUGAUCUGUUGCGGUCAUCAAGUGUACCACAAACUCAGGAUCAGUCAAGGCAAUCAUUUUUGAAUACACCAAAUUUGUUGGCAGAUGCAGAAUUUUUAUCUGAAAAAAAUGUGAUGUCACCGGAUGGCGAUAGUCAAAGUCAUGGUGGAUCACAGUCGUUUAGUACAUUCGAAGCGUUGAUCAAGGAGGAGCAAUUAAGUCCAAAAUUAGUUGUUGAUGAAGAAUCUUAG